CUUCUUUGUCUGCAUGUUUGUCAUCAGAACAGAUAUUUUUUUGCCAACUUUUGUGUGGUUCUUUCUCAUUCUCUUAUCCAAAAGUUUACAAAUUUCGUGUUUCCUAAUACCACCCUUUUAUAUCUCUUGCCAAAUUGAUAAACUGAAGUCAUAAACAUUAAACAAAGUUAGUUAAUUUCAGCCAAAACUCCCAAUCAUUGAUAUCAAUGGCAGCAACAGCAGCAACAGCAAUUUUUGCAGGUCCAAAGCAGCGUGUUCCUGCUAGUAACGGAAGCCCCAACAGUUUGCUAUUAGGUAGUAAUUUGAUUGGCAGUCCACUGCGCGAAAAUCCUUUAACAAAAAACAGAGUUAUUAGCAUCAAAGAUCGGCAAGUUAGAGCUACUGCAGCUGUUGCAACAAGUCCAAAGGAGGAGAUGAAGGAGUUUGUGCUACCUAAAUGGGCUGAGUUUGAGCUCGGACUAGCACCAGUGUUUUGGAAAACUAUGAACGGCCUUCCUCCAACCGCGGGAGAAAAACUCAGGAUUUUUUACAAUCCAACUGCCACCAAUAUUGAACCUAAUGAAGAGUUUGGAAUUGCUUUUAAUGGUGGAUUCAAUCAGCCAAUUAUGUGUGGUGGUGAGCCAAGAGCGAUGCUUAAAAAAUCAAGAGGCAAAGUUGAUCCUCCGAUCUUUAGUAUUCAAAUAUGCAUCCCUAAGCAUGCUAUGAACUUGAUUUUCUCUUUCACCAACGGUUCUGAAUGGGACGGUCCUUACAGACUACAGUUUCAAAUUCCGAAGGCCUUUCAAAACAAACCAAUCAGUUUCUUUAAUGAUGGUCUUACAGAAGAGUUGAGCAAAGAGGGUGCUUGUGACAGGGCAAUCUUUCCAGAUACAGAUAUUGUCAUCACACGGUGUGCCAUCAUUGCUAAUCUAACUGUGGAAGGGGGUGAUCGCUGUAAUUUGGACUUCGUACCUGGAUGUGUAGAUCCAAGUUCGCCGAUGUUUGACCCACUCGCAACGGUAGAUGAUGGGUCGUGUCCCCCAUAUUCAGACACUGAGGAUCAAUGAUUUUGAGUGCAAUGCCUCAUAUACUGUAAAUAUCAUAGCAGAGUUAUAGAAACAAAAUAUUUACUGUAAAAUGAUGCUCUUCGGAUUGGAAGAGUAUGGUUAGGACAUCAUUUGACGAAUCAAGUUAUCAAGCUGUGUGAAAAAUAUAUGUCUAUUCUCAUCGUAUUUAAAA